AAUCGUGAAGUACGAGUGGCGCGCGUACCGUGCGUGGUUUACGCACACGGCCGGUAUGUAUGCUUGCCUGGUACGGUAGAUGUCACGGAUCGAAAUGGCGGCUGCUUGUUCAGAAGUUCUUCGCGUGAAUAGAGACCUUCUUGAUAGCCAGUUUGAUGGCUACAAAUUAUCUCUCGACCCACUACCAAUUUAUUCUAUUUCCGUCAAGUCUGGGGUUGAUGAAGUGAAGCUUAGAAAUGAAGAGUACACAUUACAACACAUGCAAGCCUUUGGUUUAACUAAUUACCUGUCUGGUGACCUGUGGAAUCCAAACUGUGUCUACUUCAUUGAUUCAGACUGGAGGCUCAUGCAGCACAGGAUUGUUCUGGAAUCGCAACCGAGUGAACCAGUGGCUGUCUUCACCAUUCCAGAGGGAGCGACGCGAAGGGCAGCAUCAAGACACAGCGUAUCACUGGGCUUCCCAUCAUCCGAUCUCUGUGUGUUAUCUGAUGGCGUCGGACACCUCUACAUACUGGAGACUGGUUGCAGAGACCAAUUUGAACCGUCUCAAUGGAAGGUGAUAUUCAAGAGAGAAGUGUGUAACGGUGCUCCAGCUAUCCUGCAGGAUAGUAUGUGCAGAGUGAAGGAGUCUGAGAUCCAGGUGGACUGUGUGUUGCUCCAUGUGGAGAAGACUGCUCCUGUGCAGGAGAAUGGAGAUACCCAUACAGCGAAGAGUGAUUAUGAAACAUACCUGGAGUGGAUCACCUUGAAAAAGACAACGGACCAAUCCCAAUUCGAGGUUGAAAAUAGCAGACAGCUGAAAGGAAAGACAGCGCCGGUCUACUGUGGAUUGGAAGAAGGAGCCGGGGGUUUGUUUCUUGCGAGUGAAACAGAUUUUACAAUCAUCUCAGACUCUCUGCAUCCUGUCAAAGAAGAAGUUAACGAUGAGAUUGAGAAGGAAGAAGAGGAAACUCCAUUGCCCCAGUUCACAUGGACGCAGACCGGGGAAGACAUCACCCUCACGUUCAUCGUCCCAGAAACCGUCUCCAAGCCUGAUAUUCACAUGGUCAUGGAGGCAGAUCGGAUAGAUAUCAGUAUCAAAAAUGGUAAAGAGCUCCUGUCUGGCGCCCUCUAUAGGUUGAUCGAUAUCUCCUGCUGUACAUGGACCCUUGAUAAACGCAAGUUGGAAGUGAUGUUAUCCAAGGAAGAUGAAGGGUUUAUGUGGACUGAGGUAGUGGUCGGGGACACGAGAGGAGAGUAUGUGGUAGAUCCUGACCAAGCAAGAGAGAUCCAUGAAAGACUGGCUCACCUCACCUCUGAUGCAAUGGGUCCUGACCCAAGUGGCAACAUUGGAGGCAAACCAGGAAUAAGUCCUCAAGACUUAGAGGAAUGUGAUAUGAAUGUGGAGAAUGAAGUAUGCAUCUAUAGAAUAGAUGGCAAGAAACACACGAUAUCACACAAGGUUUGUAUUUCAAGUCACCAACGUCUAUUCCAAGCAAGGCUGCAAUCUAAUCACCCACCCUGUAUCUGUCUUCGCCAUGAUGUUGAUGGCAUCGUCUGGCAACCCAGACCUGUAACGGCUGAAUCGCCAUCACCAUGGCAUCACGAGUCCACCUUCAAUGCCUUGGGGUACGUUCAGGCUUCAAAGAGGAAUUGCAAGUUUGCCAGCUGUGCUCCAGACAUGUCGUACUGCGUCCUGUGCGACUGCUCAAAGCAUGCAUACAUCUACAGACAGCCGGCGGACAUUCCCAGUCCACUGAGGAACCGUAAGAGUGGACGCGUGGUUGGACAGAUAGCCAAGCAGCAGGUCGUCAGUCUGGACGCGAGUGAUGACAUUCUUGGACUGCAAGCGACCAAUGAGAGACUGUUCAUCUUGACCAGUAAGAAGCUGUAUGUCAUUAGGGUCAAGGUUGAAUGAUAAUCACAUCAUGGACUCACACAAGAGGAUUUUUCAGAGUAUAUACUAGCUGGUAUGGACCAACUUGAAGAGAGUUACAGUUUGUGUGUUUCAUAAUACAUACAUGCAUGUUGCGUCCUUAUUGUGACGUCCAUUGAUCGCGAUAGUCCCGAGAGAUUGGUCAACCACAGCGUAUUCAACUCCAUGCAUUAAUCAGCAUGUUUCUCUUUCAGAGUGAGUAAUGUAUGUAUACACGAGAAUUUCAAACCACACUUCUAUGGAAUGCUGGCUUCAUAAUAUUUUGUCCAUAUUUUUGUCAAUUACAAGAUAUCAAUCAAUUCUUAUAUUUUCUCAUUCUUUCCAUUUCAUGACUCAAUUAAUUUUUGUACAACUUUUUUGCAGCAGGAUAGGAAUGAUUUUUAAUUGUUGAAUGAGUCGACAUUUGGCACUCUAUAAAAGUGUGGUAUAAGUUAACCCAGGUUUAACUAAAGUGUAGCUAUCAGAGUACCACCUUUUUUGUCCUGGAAUCUAGCAUAUGGUUCAACUGAUUAAUCCUUUUUUCUUCCCUGCACUUCACAUUCACUGUUCCGUCAAAUAUUUCUUUACAUUUCCAUUCUCACUUGCUGCCCCAUGCUAUCUCGUAUUUCUUAGGAAGAAGUGGUAGACCUACAACCUCGCAUGAUACUGUUUUAUAAAAUGCAUGAAUCGAUUCAAUUCACUUUCACCACUGAUCUCCUGUCUUUACAAAAAAAUCAUCAAAAUCUUGCUUAUCUUUUGAGACCAAAUGUGUAGCCUGUUGGCUUAUGGUUCCAAAGUUAUCAUUUUUGUUUACUAUCACAGACCACCCACCCCAAGGGAGGGGUACUCGGUAUAAAUGUAUAAUAUGCAUGUGACAUACAUAUAAUUAGACAAAAUGAAAAUGGGAUGUAUGGCAAUUAGAUAUGGUUAUUAGAUGAAAUGGUUGUGAAGAUAAGACCACAAGGGAAGAGACCAGAUGGAAAUAGACAAAGCAGUGGAGCUUUUGUGGUGUAGUGGUUCAGUCACUUGACUCUUAAACCAAGGGUCAAGGGUUCAAAUCCAACGUUAAUGUCCUUUGGCUAGGCACUUAUCCACAUUUGUCACUCUCCACCCAGGUGUUUAAUGGGUACCCUUUAGGAUGUGAACUCCUUAGACUGGCACGUGUGCAAUGAUAAAACUCAGUUCCCUGGUCAGGAUACUCCCCAGGGAGUGGAGAUGGUGCACUUUAUGUGUGGAGCAGUGAUGAAUGCUAUGGUAAUAAUAAUUACAAUGUAAAGUGCUUAGAAACACAAAGUAUGAAGUGCUAUGUAAAUGUAACUAUUGUUAUCAUUUAUUAUACCAAAUAACAAUUGCGGUUACUCUUACAAUUAUCUUGGAAACAGCUUUAAUGUAAUCAAGUUUACAGGUUGGUGGACCAAGCAUUACCAAUAGCAUAAUUAUUUGUGAAAAUAAACCCUUUUAACAUGUUUCUUAAAACAGACUUACUGUUAAAAAUAAUCUCUUAAAAGGAAAUUGUGAUAUGUAACGCUGGUGUGUACACAAUGAGCUAUGAUUAUAAAGUACCCAAUAACUUUA